AUGGCUUAUAGAAGCAUCUGCAACUGCAACAAUUAUUGUUUAGCAGUAGUUGUGUUAUUUGUGGGCGUACUAUUAUCCAAUGCAGCAGCAGCAGCUAGCAAUAGUUUUAAUGUGAUGAAGUUUGGUGCAAAACCAGAUGGGAAAACAGACUCCACCCAAGCAUUCGUGAAGACAUGGGCAUCAGCGUGCAGCUCUGCCUCUGGUCAAGCCAAUGCUGUCAUGUAUGUCCCCAAAGGAAGGUUCUUGAUUAAGGCUGUGGUGUUCAGAGGUCCUUGCAAGACUAGAAGAGUUACAGUUCGGAUAGAUGGAACCCUCGUGGCCCCCACAGACUAUUGGGCUUUGGGCAACUCAGGCUACUGGAUUUUAUUCAUUAAGGUCACCGGAGUUACAGUGGUUGGUGGUUCUCUCGAUGCCAAGGGUGCUGCAUUUUGGGCUUGCAGGAGAUCUGGGAAGUCUUGCCCUGUUGGAGCUAGGUCGAUAACGUUCAAUUGGGCAAACAACAUUGUGAUCAGUGGUUUAACAUCCAUCAACAGUCAGCAAACUCACCUUGUAAUCAACAGCUGCAACAACGUGCUUGUUCGAAACGUGAAGCUGAUUGCUCCGAGUGAAAGCCCCAACACAGACGGCAUUCAUGUGCAGAGCUCAGCUGGUGUAACCAUCACCGGCAGCAUCUUGCAAACUGGAGACGAUUGCAUAUCAAUUGGUCCUGGCACCACAAACCUCCAUAUCAGUAACAUCAAGUGCGGCCCAGGCCAUGGCGUAAGCAUUGGAAGUCUAGGCAAGGAGCUGAAGGAAGAUGGUGUACAAAAUGUGACGCUAACAAAUGCAGUUUUCAGUGGAUCAGACAAUGGAGUACGAAUAAAGUCAUGGGCUAGGCCCAGCACUGGCUUCGUAAGGAACAUUCUCUUCCAAAACAUCAUCAUGAGGAACGUUGAAAACCCCAUCAUCAUUGAUCAGAACUAUUGCCCAAAUAACCAAGCCUGUCCUAAUCAGGGUUCGGGUGUGAAGAUUAGUCAAGUGACGUACAGAAAUAUACAGGGGACGUCGGCAACAGCAGAGGCAGUAACAUUUGAUUGCAGCCCUAGUCAUCCAUGUACAGGGAUUAGAUUGCAAAACAUUAAGCUUACAUAUAUGAACAGGGAUGCCACGUCAUCAUGUAAGAACAUUGACGGAACCAGCAGUGGACUACUGGUGCCUGAAAGUUGUCUAUAA